UCUGAGUCCUGGAGCGUCGGUGACUCGGCCAGAGUUUACCACGAGUUAAACUUGUAUUUUCGAAGAUAAAGAUUAAAAAUAUAUUAAUCUGAAGAGAAAAGACGGAGGGAAAUUUGGUAUAUAAGGAAUGGAACCCAAUUCUAAAAAUGCGUCUUCGUUUUGGUUGUGAGAGGGGAAAAUGGCAGAUUCUAGCGAUUCGGUUUCCAUUGAUAUGGAAAUAAUCUCUCUAGGCGGCAAGGAGUACCUUGUGAAAACUCGCCUCGGUACGGUUUCUGUUGUUGUGUUUGGAGACCAAGAUAAGCCGGCUCUUGUUACCUACCCCGAUUUAGCUCUGAAUCAUAUAUCCUGUUUCCAAGGCUUGUUCUUUUGCCCAGAAGCUAGUUCCUUACUCCUGCACAACUUUUGCAUAUAUCAUAUAAGUCCUCCUGGGCAUGAGUUGGGAGCUGCCCCGAUCGGUUCCGAUGACUUUAUUCCUUCUGUUGAUGACUUGGCGGAUCAGAUUCUUGAGGUUCUCAAUUUUUUCGGGCUUGGUGCCGUAAUGUGUAUGGGAGUUACAUCUGGGGCAUAUAUUCUUACCUUAUUUGCGAUGAAAUACCGACAACGUGUCCUUGGGUUAAUACUCGUUUCACCCCUCUGCAGACUGCCUUCAUGGACAGAAUGGUUGUUGAAUAAGGUGAUGUCAAAUUUGCUUUAUUUCUACGGCAUGUGUGGCAUGGUGAAGGAGUUAUUGCUUAAACGAUACUUCAGUAAGGAAGUUCGUGGUAGUGUUGUAGUACCGGAAUCCGAUAUAGUUCAGGCAUGCAGAAGAUUGCUCGAUGAAAGGCAGAGUAUAAAUGUUUGCCGAUUCCUUGAAGCAAUGAACGGGAGACCUGACCUUAGCGAAGGAUUGAGAAAACUCCAUUGUCGUUCGCUAAUAUUUGUCGGGGAGAACUCUCCGUUCCAUUCCGAGGCUCUUCACAUGACAUCGAAAUUAGAUAGAAGAUACAGUGCCCUAGUGGAGGUUCAGGCAUGCGGGUCAAUGGUGACAGAGGAGCAACCCCAUGCCAUGUUGAUACCAAUAGAAUACUUUCUAAUGGGAUACGGCUUAUACAGGCCGACUCUAAGCAUUAGCCCAAGAAGCCCUUUGAGUCCAUCUUGCAUCUCUCCGGAGCUCCUUUCGCCGGAAAGCAUGGGCUUGAAGCUGAAACCGAUUAAAACCCGGAUUUCUUUGUAAGCUGGAGAGAUAAGAUGAGAGAGAAACUGCAACAUCACCUUUUUGUAAUACAUAUAUGUGUGUGUAUACGUAAGGUGUGUAAAUAGAGACGAAGUACAGACGGAAAAGGAGAUAUUGUCAAUUCUUUUAUUUGUAACCAUUUUGUAAAUUCCUGAGAAUAAUUAUUUAGCAGAGUAACACUCAGUUUUUACUGAUAAUAACAAUGUGCUCUCCAUUUUCUA